UCGCGAAGCUGAAGAUCGGAAGACCGGAAGCCAUGUUGUGAUGUCCGAGAAUUUGUCGACGAGAACCAGAGCCAAAUGAUGAUGAUGAUGAUGAUAAAGGUAAAAUGGAGGCGAUGAAGAUUUGAUCGUGUCGCUUCCGGCCUCCGUUUGAGUGAGAACGACGACAGCAGAACGACGUCGACGAAACCCAACAAACACAUGCAGGCUGCCGGAUGGCGUUCGCGUCUCGCUUCUCGCGCUCGCGCAGCACGUCGCCGUCGCCGUCGGCCGCUCGCCGGCGCGAAUCUCCGCCCGUCAGCGUGUCGGAGCUCCAACGACUCCUGAGCAGCGGCAAGACGGCCUGCAACCACGCCGACGAGGUCUGGCCCGGACUCUACAUCGGAGAUCAAAACAUGGCGUCGGACCACCGUGAGCUGGCACGCGUGGGCAUCACUCACAUCGUCAACUGCGCCCAGAGCAAAUGGCGCGGCGGCGGCGCCGACUGCUACGCGGGCAUGAACGUGACGUACUUGGGCAUCGAGGCGCACGACUCGCCCGCCUUCGACAUGACCAAAAACUUUUAUCCCGCCGCCGACUUCGUACACAAAGCGCUCACCAGAGGAGGCAAGGUUCUGGUCCACUGCGCAGUGGGCCUGAGCCGCUCGGCCACGCUGGUGCUGGCCUACCUGAUGAUCCGGCAGAACCUGACCCUGGUGGAGGCCAUCAAGACCGUCAAGGACCGCCGCGGGGUCACGCCCAACCGAGGAUUCCUGCGCCAGCUCAAUGGCCUGGACGGCAUCCUGCGCGAGAGUCGCCGCACGGCCGACGCGCAAGUGAGCUAAUGCGGAGCUAAUGCUAAUGUCACAAUGUGCGUUAACGCCACUGAAAAUCAAUUCGGCUACUAACUGCCAGGAUGAUGACGACAGGCGCAAUAGUGCUCAGUCAGGUUUUCGCUAACUGCUAAUGCUAAUGAAAAUGCUAAUGUGAACUAAUGCUCAGCUCCCAAAUCAUCCUUGACAAAAAAAAAAAACAUUUCACAAUUACCUCCAGCAUCGUGUCGUUGACACGUUUCUUUGUGACGUUCCGUGUAAUUCCACCGCAACAAACAAGCAACCAAGUUGUGGAAUUGGUGUUAAAAGUGUCAACGUGGAUUGACAUAUGCUCAUUUUAUUGUUUUACUUACACCAAUAACAGAACUAGAAGAGUUAUGGAGUGUUUAGCAACAGACGUUAACUUGCAAGUAGCAUAGCACGAGCAAACCAGGUUUCUUAAGAUGGAAUGCUAAAACUCAAAAAUAUUUAUGGUAAAAGGUCUUAUUUUCACAGGAAAGGACGACACAAAUAUGUAAACAUUUGACAGGAAAUGCUAUAUGCUAUCGUAUUUUUAAGAGCAAUGGUAUAUUAGUACAGACAAACUGUUGCUAAUAGCUAACGUUUCCACCAGACAUUCGCGUGACAUUAAAAUGUAUCACAUGAAUGAUAUCAGCUACUAACUGCCCGGGUGAAGACGACAGGCGCUAAAGUGCUAAGUCAGGUUAGCGCUAACUAGUGCUAAUGCUAAUGAAAAACAAUAAGCACGAGCUCAUGCUCAGCUUUUGAAUCAGCUUGACCCAAAAAAAUAUUUUUCACAAUUACAAUGAUAUAUUUUUGUGACAUUCUGUGUAAUUUCACCGCAACAAAGAAGCUAACGACAACAAACAUAAAUCAGUGUUUACAGUGUCAAAUACUUAUUUUAUUGUUUUUCUUCAUGUGCUUGUCAUUUUUGAAGGAAAACGCAUCACAAAUAUGUAAACAUUUGACAGGACAUUUAACAUGUCCACUGGGCAUUAGCAUGAUAUCAAAACAUUCCAUAUGCAUGAAAUCAGCUACUAACUGCCUGAAUGAUGAUAACAGGUGCUGAAGUGCUAGGUAAGGUUAGCACUAACGGCUAACGCUAAUGAAAAACAACUUUAGAAUCUGCUCAACAAAAAAUAGAUUUUACGUUACGUUAUCACAUGUACUUAGGCAUCGUGUUAGUUAUGUUUUUUUUUUUUUAUUUGCUCCAUGUGACUUCACAACAACAAAGCUAGUUAGCUUAGCGAUAAUGUAAACAGUUGAAUUUAUUUAAUCAGGAGUGUAUAAUGCUGAUUUUGUUUUUCUCCACAACUAACACCAGAUGGAUAUUAGCUGCUGACAUUCGCUUGAACAUAGCAUAGCACAAGCUAAUCUGGUUUCCCGCUAAAGCUAAUCAACACGCUUGACGUUUUCACACAAACCCAAAAAAAAAACGCGUCACAAAUACGUAAAGCAUUUGAUGGCGAAUGCUAACUGUUAGCUUAGCAAAGACUAAUGAAGUGUUUUGAAGAGGAGAGCUUGUUUGUUAGCAUGUUAUCUCCUGUGUUGUUGUGGUUUGUUGUGAUUUUAAACUGCCGAUGUUAAUGUUUGUGUUAGCUGGCCACCUGGGGACCAACAUGUGACCUUUGUGUCCUUUUAUCCAUGUUAGCAUAUUUUCCUAUUUGUAAUAGUAAAAACUGUGUCACAAUUUAAUUUUAACUUGAACGUUAAUAGCAAAUGUGCUCAUAUUGAUGUGUGGAUGUCAAAACGUGUUGUCUGGUUCUGUGUUGUGAUUGGUUGCCUCUUUAUAUCGAUUUACUUUUUAUUUUCCAUAAGUAUUUUAUUUCUGAGAACAUUUUUGAUUUCUUGUUUGCCUUAUAGACUUUUCCUUCUAUGUUGAACAAUUUCUAUUCCAAACUGCCUGCUCUCAAUAAACUUUUCCUUUUGGUCAAAUAA